UUUCAAAAUAGUGUUGUAUCGAUACUUAAUAAAAGUCCCUUGCUCAACAGACUUGUGACAUAAUAUCGAAACGGAAAGGAUUGGAUUUAAACAAAACUGACAUGAAAGUACGCUGGCAGAUAGUCAAUAGCUGUCUGCGUCAGCACUGGCGCCACCAAAGCAAUGCUUCCACAGUGGCAGCAGCUGUCCCGGCUACAGGAAACUCAGCUACACAAACAACAACUAAUAAAUCAACAAACAGCAACACACGUGAGACGUUCGUUGAACGCAUAGAACGCGGACCGGGUCUAAGAGACUUCUUCACUGUUAAAGCCAAGCGGCGGCUGACGGAAGACGAGUAUUCGUCUGCCGUUGAAAAUGAAAUACCAUAUCUUAAUGCAAUAGACUACAAUGGUCAUGGACGACGGGUACACUUUGAGGUAUACGGUUGUCAGAUGAACACGAAUGAUACCGAGGUAGUGUGGAGCAUACUCAAAGAGCACGGCUACCAGCGUAGCGAAGAUGUCACAAAUGCUGAUGUUGUUAUGCUUGUGACCUGCGCUGUGCGUGAUGGUGCUGAACAGAAGAUUUGGAAUCGUUUGCGACACUUGCGAGCGUUAAAGGAGCGGCGUGGCACAAAACGACACCCGCUGCAACUGACAAUACUUGGCUGCAUGGCAGAGAGAUUGAAGGAGCGAUUACUGGAGCAGGAGCAAUGCGUGGAUGUGAUAGCCGGUCCUGACAGCUACAAAGAUCUUCCAAGAUUAUUGGGCGUUGCUCGCCACUAUGGCAACUCUGCCAUCAAUGUCUUGCUCUCCCUUGACGAGACCUAUGCGGAUGUCAUGCCAGUACGCUUGAACUCAGAUUCGCCCACUGCCUUCGUUUCUAUCAUGCGUGGCUGCGACAAUAUGUGCACCUACUGCAUUGUGCCCUUUACACGCGGUCGCGAACGUUCACGACCCCUCAAAUCAAUCGUGCAUGAGGUGCAGACACUGCAGGAGCAGGGCGUUAAGGAGGUCACCCUUCUGGGUCAAAAUGUCAAUUCCUAUAGGGAUAGGAGUUCCGAGUAUUCGACCAAAGCCCUUGGCAAUACGGCCCCUGGUUUUAGUACGGUUUACAAGCCCAAAACUGGUGGGUUGCCAUUCUCAGUGCUGCUGCAAAGUGUGGCCGAGGCUGUGCCUGAAAUGCGUAUUCGUUUUACAUCACCACAUCCCAAAGACUUUUCUGACGAAGUAUUGCACGUCAUACGCGACUAUCCCAAUGUCUGCAAGCAGCUUCAUCUGCCUGCCCAGUCAGGCAACACGGCAGUGCUCACCAGAAUGCGCCGUGGCUACUCGCGUGAAGCUUACCUUCAGCUUGUAGCGCACAUUCGUGAAAUCCUGCCCAAUGUGGGUUUGUCUAGUGACUUUAUUUGUGGCUUUUGCGGCGAAACGGAGGCCGAGUUUGAAGAUACCAUUUCCCUCAUCGAGAGCGUGCGGUAUAACGUGGCCUUUCUAUUCGCCUACAGCAUGCGCGAGAAAACCACAGCCCACAGACGCUAUGUGGACGAUGUGCCAACAGAAGUUAAGACCGCUCGACUAAAACGCAUGGUGCAGACUUUCAGAGAUGGUGCCACGCAGUUGCACAAACGUUUCGAAGGGCAAGAACAACUUAUCCUAAUCGAGGGCAAGAGCAAGCGUUCUGAUAGCUACUGGUUUGGACGCAACGACGCCAACAUAAAAGUAAUUGUACCCGCAGCCUCUCUACCUUCAACCAAUACGACUGAUGGGGCAAAAGAUAUAAAUGUGGGCGACUUUGUGGUUGCACGCAUUGUGGAAUCUAAUUCGCAAGUCCUAAAGGGCAUACCUCUGCAUGUCAGCAGCAUUGUCCAUUACCAUGACAGCAAAAAAAGUUGAACUAAGAACGUUCCCAAUAAAGUGGUUAGACAGCUUUAAUCAAACUAAAUUAUUG